AUGUUCACAACCAGGAAAGGCUCGGAGAACUGGAAAUGGCAAUCGAAAGAGGAGCAAAACCAGCGCGAGGCGAAUUUUCUGAAGGACAGAGAGCCCAAGCUGACAAAACGCCGCUCUUUGUACCGCCAGGAGUCGGACAUCAAACCCAUCGCAUCUGAGCAGCAAACACCACAAACUGAUGAUGAGGAUGUCGAGGCACGUCCGAAGGCCGUCAUCCGUAUUCCAAGUCGGAGAUCGCGAGAAGCUCCAGCCGCGAAGAGCGAGAGACAGGAGAUGCGUCCUCGCUUCGUCGAACACACCCAGAAUGAGCCAAAUGGAGACGUCGAAAUGACGGACAAUAAUGGCCCUUCGAACCAGGACUUGUACAUCCAGUCUCUCCUCCACGAGCUGAGAACCCGUGACGAAGAAGUCAAGCAGCUUCAGCAAGAGCACGAGCAACAAAAGCAGGCAAUCCAGGAGCUCACCACAUCAAACGCCCAGCGCUCCAUGAACGCCAGCGCUGACGUUCAAAAUCGCAACAUCAUCCUCAAGGCGAAAAACGCAGAUCUUCAGAAGAGACUCCAGACCUCAGAGAAGCGUAACAUGGAGCUCGAAGAAGAGAAUCUAGGCCUUCGCGCAGCUUACGAUGCGCUUCUCACCUCUGUUCCUAGUCGAGGCGGAGUCCCGAAUCAUGAAGCGAUGCUGGAAGCGGUCCAUGCCACGACAUCUGCUCAGAAUGCGCCUAACCCGCAGCCUCGCAAAUGCCAAGGUUUUCAAGGCAUUGUUAAACACACCGAGACAUACGUCUGCCAAAACCCUAAGCAUCCAGCGACCUACGACAGCGUCUCAUGCACGGCAUGUACCAAUAUGGCUGUCACGAUCGGUAAUGCUAAAGGCAGAGAGGUCGCACGGAGCGGCGGUGUCGUUGUGACGAUCUGUCAGCGCUGCUGCUGGGAGAAUGGAGAGCACUUGAAAGAGGAGUGCGAGUGUCUCUCUAGCAAGCGCUGCAUUCUGUGCAUGACCGAUCUCUUGAAUAAGAUGGCGGAGGAUGCAAAUGAUAUGGAAGCCGCCAUCAAAGACUUCUUCAGCGGUGCUACGACUUGA